UAGCCCACUCGGCCAUUCAAGAACAGUGUAGUUGCGAGUGUGAAGCAGAGAGAAGAGAAGCGAGAACGAAGGAGGGUGCAGCAUGGGUGAUGCAGGUGCAGGUGCAGGUGUGAAAAUUGACGUGUUCUGGGACGAAGGAAUGUUGAAGCACGAUACUGGAAUUGGUGUAUUUGACACGGGAAUGGAAAUAGGGUUCUUAGAGGUGUUGGAGAAGCACCCUGAAAAUUCCGACAGAGUUCGGAACAUGGUUUCUAUUCUGAAAAAGGGUCCAAUCGCUCCUUACAUUUCUUGGAACUCUGGUAGAUCCGCUCUCAUCUCUGAGCUUCUUUCCUUUCACACUCCUGAAUACGUAAAUGAACUCUUAGACGCUGAUAAAGAAGGGGGAAAGGAAAUUUGUGCUGGGACAUUCUUGAACCCCGGAUCAUGGGAUGCUGCACUUCUUGCUGCUGGGACUACACUUUCUGCAAUGAAGCAUUUACUGGAUGGCCAUGGAAAAGUUGCUUAUGCCUUGGUUAGGCCCCCUGGUCACCAUGCUCAACCUUCUCAGGCUGAUGGCUACUGUUUCUUUAACAAUGCAGGUCUAGCAGUGCAAUUGGCUCUAGAUUCUGGGUGCAAGAAGGUUGCAGUUAUAGAUAUUGAUGUUCAUUAUGGAAAUGGCACAGCAGAGGGGUUUUAUAGAUCUAAUAAGGUUCUUACCAUCUCUCUUCAUAUGAAUCAUGGAUCAUGGGGUCCAUCUCAUCCCCAAAGUGGAUCGGUUGAUGAGCUGGGCGAAGGAGAAGGUUAUGGCUAUAACUUGAACUUACCUCUACCAAAUGGAACUGGGAACAAGGGAUAUAUAUAUGCCUUCAAUGAGUUGGUUGUUCCAUCAAUUCAAAAGUUUGGACCUGAUAUGAUAGUUUUGGUUGCUGGGCAAGACUCCAGUGCAUUUGAUCCCAACGGAAGACAGUGCUUAACAAUGGAGGGCUAUAGAGAAAUUGGACGGAUUGUUCAUGAUCUUGCGAAAAGUGAGAGUGAUGGGCGGCUUCUAAUUGUGCAGGAAGGUGGAUAUCAUGUUACAUAUUCUGCAUAUUGUUUGCAUGCAACACUUGAGGGGAUUCUCAACCUUCCAAUCACUCUACUAUCAGACGCUCUAGGAGGGUACCCAGAGGACGAGACAUUUUCAGUCAAAGUUAUAGAAGCCAUUAAGAAUUAUCAGAAAGAUAAAGUGCCCUUCUGGAGAAACUCGUAAGAUUCUUCCUCCUCGGAGUAUGAGAUUCACCUCCAAUUUUCUGUUUACCCAACUCAAUUCAAUUAUAUUUCUGCAAAUUGAGUUGACUGCCAUAUUAGCAUGUUUACAAUCCAAUUAUUCUGCUCCACUCCAGAACAAUGUAUAUAUAUUAUAGUAAUAAUGAAAUGAUUGUCAGUAUUAUUUUGGACUUGUAUUAUGCCAUUUAGGACAUACAUUUGUGUUGUGACAUUCAACAAUUGGACUCACAUUUUAAGUAA